AUCCAACACCGGAAUACAAUGACUCAAUAACCAAACAGACUCACUCACAUUUUGCAUUCCCAAAUCCCAGUCCACCAAGGGAACCAAAACCCACGAGUUCAGUAAAACCCUUCACUGGCGGACGAGACGAUGGCGAUGCAGAGAUUAUGUACCAAGCUUCGGUCAUUGUCCGUACACUCAACCCAAACUCUACCAUCUUUCUCUUCGUCUUUCCUCUGUUCUUCUCCUCGUCUUCACCAGCCUCUCCCUUUCGCUUCAAAUAACAACAAAUGGAGCUUAAGGUCACUUUUCAAUGCCCAUUCACCAACCCAACCUUCGCUAGCUAUCGCCACUCUUCGCCCUUCAACAUUCCCUAUCUUGAUGCUUCAAGUGCGGCAUGUUUCUUCAAGAGAGCGUAAGAAGAGGAGAAAGCCAAUGACACCAGUCACUUCCAAGUUAAAGAAAACCAAAAUAAAGGCUUACUCGUCUUAUAAGUCCAGGUUUAGGACAAUGAAUGAUGGGAAAAUUCGACGAUGGAGGGAGGGCAAGCGUCACAACGCGCAUUUGAAGUCGAAGAUAUCUAAGCGUAGACUCAGACUACCUGCCUUAGUCCAUCCUGCUUAUGCUAAAGUGAUGAAGAAGCUCAAUUUCAGCGGUUAAAACUUUUAGAGUACCCUGUAGGUGCUGCCAAUUUCCCGGAAUGAAAGAGAGUACACUUUUGCAUUUUGAAAUGUGCUCUUUUCAAUAGUUUACAUUUCUGUUUCCUUCAGACAAGCAGGUGUUAUAUGCUUUUAGAGGCUAGAUGUUCUUAACUAUUGACUAGUUCAGUUUGAGGCUAUAGCUGACUAGCUGAUGAAAAUAAUCAGCAGCUAUGCAUGUCUUCUAAACUUGUAUUCUGUGGACAACUACUUGCUGAGGAAUUUUUUAUGAGAGUUUUGCAUUACUGUAAUGUAUCAGAAAAGAAAUAACAAGUUCUCGGUUGACACGGUGAAUGACUCAAA